GGAAUUAGGAUAUAAGUGAUAAAAAUCUUAAACUAUGAGCUCUUUGUUGAUAUUUACCAAAAAUAAAAUAAAUGAACACAAAUGAAGAAAAGAUGAUAAAACCCAAAACCCUACAGCUCUGGUAAAAUCCCACACCCUUCCCCUCUCCUUCCUAACCUUCUUCCCCAUAAACCCUUUCGACUCAAGUCAUAUCUCUGCUUCCUCAGUCCUCAUCACUCUCAGCUUCUGGCAAUCGAAAUGAAUUCACCAGUAAGUCCCCCCAGCGCCCAAUUUGCCCUCUCUCCUCAAGUCCCCCCACCUGAACUGAGCUUGCAGCUCGUUCAUCAUUUCAUUGAGCCUGUUUGUGUGAUUUCCUUAGCCUGUAACUUGAAUUGGUGAUUACUGAUACAGUCUUCAUGCCGCCUUUGCUUCCGUGUCUCCAUUCUGUUUCUUCAUUCUCCUGGAACUGUGGAACAGUACUUCGCUGUGUGUGUGUGGAAGAAGCUCAGUGCUCUGUGUGUUCUUUUAAUUGUUGAAUUCGGUUUCUAACUUUCCUCUUCGCUGCAUAGCUCUCUGCUUGGCGACGCCGCUGGUUUCGUUUGUAUUGUUUUUUAGAUCUUCUAAUGAAGGAAUUGGCGUUUUUGUUUGCACAGGGCAUGGGGAAUUCGAGGUCGGUUUGAUUGGAAGUGCAGUUCAUAGAAGAGAGGAGUUGGAGAAAUGGAAUUGAAGAGGAAAUCACCGGAGCAGCUUGAAGCUCUCCGGAAGUUAUUUUCCGAGGAGAAGUAUCCCACCAGUCGUGCUAUUGAAGAACUUGCCGGCUCCCUUGACCUUACAGUUGCCCAGGUCCGGGGAUGGUUUAUGGAGAAAAGGAGGAGGGAGAAAAGUAAGAAACGACUGGCUGUAACCCCUAUUCAGAGCAAGAAGCUCCCUUCCGGCAAAGGAAGAAAGAUACUCAGAGAGGGGGGAUCAUUGAGUCAUGACAUGGCUAAAUCUAGCAGUAGUCUGUCUUCGGAAGUGGAAGAUGGGAUUAUUGAGAGGUCCUCAAAAUUGACUCGCAUACAACAGUUGCACUCUUCGGAAUAUAUUAUGAGCAAGGUUUUCCGUAAAGAUGGGCCUGCCUUGGGUGUGGAAUUCGACUCUGUUCCUUCCCGGGGAUUUCAUACUAUUAAAGAAUCCAUAAACUAUCUUUCUGCUUCCGAAGAAAAUGAAGCAACGAUCAGGAAGAGAAAGCAUGUUGAUGUUGAGGAUUGUACAUUGAGUGAACUUGUGAAGAAACAUUGUAUGGGCAAAGGCUUGAUGAGAAAGAAUGCCAAGGAUUGUAGAAUAGGAGUGUCCACUAUGAAACAUGGUAUGGGCAAAGGCUUGAUGAGAAAGGAAUGUACUGUGAGUUCAUCGAUAAAGAAACAUGGUAUGGGCAAAGGUUUAAUGACAGCAUGGCAGGCCAUAAAUCAAGAUAGCAUAGAUGUUCCAACUGAAAGACAAAUAUCUAAUACACCUGAACCAACAACUGCUGAAUCAUGCAAACUUCGACGUCAGAAGAGGAAACGACAACCCAUAUCUGUAAAGGUUGGAGAAAGUUUGAAGGAGAAGCGGAAGGCUUCUUUCAAAAGAAAAGAGAUAGGAUCUAAAGGACAAGAGACCGAGAAGCAACUCUUUAGGGAGACAUGUGAACUUGCUCUGGAUGGAAGGAUACCGCAAGACCUGCUUAAUCAAUUUACAUUGUUAAUGGAUGAUGAAGAGGUGGAGAUGCGAGAGUUACAAGCAGAACCAAACCCACUAACAUGUUCUGAACAUUGUGCUGCCAAUGGAUUGCACAGUUUUUCUCUUUGCAAAGAUUUGCUGCCUAAAUUUCCUCCGGUUUCUGUACACAUGAAGCUGCCAUUCACAGUGCAGCCUUUGGAGUGUUCGUCGGAGUCUGUCAAGAAAUUUUUCAAGGUUUUGCAUUUCCUUUAUACAUAUUCUGUUACAAUUGACAUAUGCUCCUUCACGUUGGAUGCGUUUGCUCAAACAUUUCAUGACAAGGAUUCCUUGUUGCUUGGCCAAAUUCACGUAGCUCUUCUGAAGCUUCUUUUAUCGGACGUUGAGCGAGAGAUCAGCAAUGGUUUUCUGCCUCAUUUGAGCAUAUCUUGCAAGUUUCUGGCAUUACUUCAUUCAGUUGAAAAUCAGGAGUUCGUUGUAGAUCUUUGGAAAAAAUCUCUAAAUCCUCUAACUUGGACAGAAAUAUUAAGGCAAGUACUUUUAGCAGCUGGAUUUGGUUCAAAGCAAGGUGCAUUACGGAGGCAAAACCUUAGCAAGGAAAUGAGAGUUAUGUUGAAGUAUGGCCUUACUCCUGGAACUUUGAAGGGUGAACUGUUCAGACUCCUAUUUGAGGAAGGUAAAAACGGAGUAAAUGUUUCCGAGUUGGCUAAGUCUGCACAGGUUGCCGAACUAAAUCUUGCCAGCACAAACGAAGAGCUGCAACUGUUGAUAAGCUCAGCUCUCUCAAGUGACAUUACUUUAUUUGAAAAGAUAUCACUUGCUGCUUACCGUCUACGUGUUGGUACUCUCUUGAAGGAGGACGAGAGCUCUCAUUCCAACAGUGAAGACUCGGGAAGCAUUCAUGAUGACUUUGAUGAUGCUGCUGGCACGUGUAGCAGCAGUGACUCUGAGUGUGGCGCAGAAAAUUCGAACCAGAGAAAGCUUCGGCAUCUUAAGUGUCGUAAAAGUAAAAGUAACAAGCUGACAGUACACAAUGAAAUUGAUGAGAGCCAUCCUGGGGAAGCGUGGCUUUUAGGACUAAUGGAUGGUGAGUAUUCUGAUUUGAGCAUUGACGAAAAGCUGGAUGUCUUGAUAGCUUUAAUUGAUCUAGUCAGUGCGGGAUCCAGCAUUAGAUUGGAGGAUCCCGUGAGACCUGCUCCUAACUUGCGACAUUAUGGGUCUGGAGCAAAAAUAAAGAGAUCAUCAUUACACAGGCCAUCCUGGGUUCACGGAAAACAAAUUUUUGACUCAUGCUCAUCGUCCAAGUCUCAGCCUGUUGAUUCAUCUAUGUCGAUAUCUAACUUUAGCAUAGAGGAUAUAUCGUCUCGUGUGGGGAAAGAUGGAAAGGAGACUGAAUCUGUAGCUGAUCUUCACCCUAUGCAGUCUGUAUUCUUGGGAGCCGAUCGUCGGUACAAUCAAUAUUGGCUUUUCUUGGGCCCUUGUGAUUUUCAUGAUCCUGGUCACAAGAGGGUCUAUUUUGAAUCUUCCGAAGAUGGCCAUUGGAAAGUGAUUGAUACUGCAGAGGCUUUACGUUCCUUAUUAUCAGUCUUAGACGGUAGGGGAAGGAGGGAAGCUCAACUUAUUGAAUCCUUGGAGAGACGGGAAACUUUUCUAUGCAACGAAAUGUUGAAUGUGAGUAACGAUGCUGCCAGCUGUCACUCAUUACAAUCAUGGCAGACUGAGUUAACUGUCAGGGAAGACAGUUCUUCACCAAUUUCUGGUCUAGAGGAGACAACCAACGACUCAUUGUCGCCAUGCAGCGCAAUAGUGCUCGACGCAGAGAGAAAUCUGGAAGAAGAAAGCACGAGACAGAAUCGUCCACAGUUAUUUGAUUCAUGGAUAUGGGAUAAUUUUUACCGUGGUCUCAAUGCAGUGAAACAUAGUAAAAGGUCAUUUUAUGAACAUCUGGGUAGAUGUCAGACGUGUCAUGAUUUGUACUGGAGGGAUGAAAAGCAUUGUAGGAUUUGCCACAUGACGUUUGAGGUUGAUUUCGAUCUUGAAGAGAAGUAUGCGGUCCAUACAGCCACGUGUAGACUGAAAGAAGAGCAAGAAAAUGUCUCUACAUUCAAAGUCUUGCCGUCAGUACUUCAGACGUUGAAAGCUGCUGUUCAUGCGAUUGAGUCAGCGAUGCCUGAAGGGGCCUUGGUGGGUGCUUGGACGAAGUCUGCUCAUAGGCUGUGGGUUAAACGGCUAAGACGUACCUCUUCAUUAACUGAGCUUUUGCAGGUCGUUACUGAUUUCGUUGCUGCAAUUAAUGAGCAUUGGCUGUGUCAAACCAGUGAUGCUCCCGGUUUCAAUCCUUUCGCAGAAGAAAUUGUGGCAUGUUUCUCAAGUAUGCCUCAGACUUCAUCUGCACUCGCCUUAUGGUUGGUGAAAUUGGACCACUUGAUUUGGCAGCAUUCAGAAAAUACUCAACGUCUAGAGGACGAAACAACAAUAGUGAUCAGGUAGCCAAACGCUCCCAAUUACAGGCCCGAAAAAUAUCAAUUUAAUGUCAGAAACCAUCUGUUUUUGGCAAUCUCAUACCGUUGUGCUAAUCUCAGCUUUCCUGAUACGUGUUUUUUGGCCAUAUCGGAAGCUUUACCGAAUUUGUACAGAGCAGUGGCGUGAUUCCAUUAGGAAGAACUGCGUCUCUGUUAGAAACUGUUUGUUUGCUGUACUUAGGAAAGUUUGAUUCACUACCACUGCUUAGGAAGAUGUUAUACCAGAACCAUUUGCUGAGUUAGAUGUAUACGUGGUUAGGAUAUAUUUUUUUUGUAUAAAUAGGGAGGGUUAGG